AUGGUUGGUGUUGGCGGCUACCAGCAGAUCAACAAGGCCUUCAAUGUUUGCGCCUUUGACGAUUACCUCGCAACCCAGGCAAAAACCCUGCCUCGUCUGCGAAAUGUCGAGCAAAUCAGCCCCCGAGUGAUCCGGAUUCUUGGACAGAAUCCCGGAAAGUUCACCCUCCAAGGUACCAACACAUACAUCAUCGGCACCGGUCCCUCAAGGCUGCUCAUCGACACGGCACAAGGAAUUCCCGAGUGGGCCGAGCUUAUCGCUGGCACACUGGAGGAGCUCGGUAUCACGCUAUCCCACGUCCUCCUCACCCACUGGCACGGCGAUCAUACAGGCGGAGUGCCGGAUCUUCUACGCCUAUAUCCUUACCUGUCGGAUGCUAUCUACAAGAACAGCCCUGCCAACGACCAGCUCCCCAUCCUCGAUGGCCAAAUAUUCAAGGUCGAGGGUGCUACCAUCCGUGCCUUCCACAGCCCCGGGCACUCACAUGAUCACAUGUGCUUCAUCCUCGAGGAAGAGAACGCAAUGUUCACUGGCGACAACAUCCUCGGCCACGGCACCAGCGCGGUGGAGAACCUCGGGCUGCUCAUGACGACGUGGCGCAGCAUGCUGACGCAGGAGUGCAAAUCGGGGUAUCCUGCACAUGGGGCCGUGGUGCCCAAUCUGCCCCUCAAAAUCAAGGGGGAACUCGCCGGCAAGACGAGACGGGAGAGGCAAGUGUUGGAGACGCUCCGUUCCCUACGGAAGGGUGAUGGCGCGAGAGGCAAGCGCGCCACCAUCACUGUCAAGCAGCUCGUCCUCAUGAUGCACGGCGAAGCAGUGAAUGAGGAGGUGAGGAUAAUGGCCUUGGAGCCCUUUAUGGAAGAGGUUUUGCGGAAGUUGGCGGAGGAUGGUCAGGUGGGCUUCGAGAUGCGCGGCGGGGAGAAGAAGUGGUUUGGGCUGCUGAAUUAG